AGGGGGUACAUGUACCCUUGUGCAAUUAGGGGCACUCUAAAGGUACAUAUAUGUGAUAUCCCUCAGGGUACCCUAUAGGGUUGUUGGUCCUUAAUGUUGAUAGUUGAUCAGUUGGCACAAGUUACUCCAAUAUCAAACUUUUUGUUAAUGCAAUGGCUUCUCCCCAUUUUACACAGACGGAUUUGUCAUAACAUUAGCUGACUUGUCAGUAUAAAUUUUACAAAUCCUCUUAUAUGGAUGAAUCCACUUUAUCAGCCUUGCAGUGGUUUAAAUGUGCAAGGACAGUGGGUGGCUGUCAGACCACAGCCCACCAGAGACGUGGGUGUGUUUGGGGGGGACACCUCACUUUGAAAGUGGCGGCGGGGGAGAGCGGCGGGGGAUUCAGCUUCUCGCUGCAGAAUGUCCUCACUAGUCUGGAGGCUUCAACUCAGUGAAAGUCAUAUUCUUGAGUCAGGCUUGCUCUCUUCCUCUCUGAAUGGAUGUUUGGCUGUGCAAGAUGGUGCCCAUGGGUUUGAAGUUGACCAUCACCUGCCUGUGGCUUCUCCCUUCGGCUGGCCGAGAAACAACCAACGCGUCUGACUUUCCAAGCCAACAAUGGAGAGCAGAUGAAGGAGAAAGAGGAGCUGCUGUCGGAGCGGCGUUGAAGGUGAAGCAUAUUUCCAAGCACUUACAAAUCAUCUCCACCAAAUACAAAUCCCCCGCACACGGAUCCCUCGGCCCGUACGGCUGGCCACAGAACUUCUCCCAGGCACUCGAUCAACAUCAGUCCAAACCUCAUUCAAAAGUCCCUCCGAAGGCCAAGAAGAUUUUGGGCUGGGGUGACUUUUAUUUCAAUGUGAAAACAUUAAAGUUCAGUCUUCUGGUGACCGGCAAAAUCGUGGACCACAUCAACGGCACAUUCAGUGUCUACUUCCGCCACAACUCUUCUCAUUUAGGGAACAUAUCAGUCAGCAUUGUUCCACCUUCUAAAGCUGUUGGCUUGGAGGUUCUGGAUCCAAGAGUUCCAAGUAUUCAGACAAGGAACUCGGUCCUCUUAUCAGACCUGGCUUCCCACUUUCAGUCCACUAGCUCCACCUCCCCGGACUGGCACAAGCAGCAGCAGAAGCAGCAGAAGCAGCAGCAGCAGGACUUAAUGGUGACGACUGAACUCAACUGCCGCAUCGAGUACCAGAGAACAAACCGGUCCAAAAAGACCAAGCCCUGUAUGUAUGACCCCGGUCAGACGUGCUACUCAGAAAACACUCAGUCACAGGCUGCAUGGAUCUGCGCCAAACCUUUUAAGGUGAUUUGCAUCUUCAUCGCCUUCACUGGUACCGAUUACAGGCUAGUGCAGAAAGUUUGCCCGGACCGCAACUUUCAGCCAGACCAGGGCCAGCAACACUUUGGAUGAUUGGUUCUAAGUGGAGAAUUAAAAACUACUUCAGUUUCUGAAAUAGGUUGGAUGGAGACAGUGUGCAAUGGGCCAUUCAAUGUAAUUUGUGUCCACAUGAAAAAAACGUGUAUAACAAUAAAAUAUAUAUACAUGUAUA